UGCCCGCCGCCGGCGGGGAUGAGGCUGCGCGGGGACUCCUGUGCACCCCGGGGCUGGAGCCUGGUGGCGCUGCUGGCCCUGGGCGCGGGGCUCAGCGGGGCCACCCCGCCCUUGGGCUACCAGCGCCCGGGCGCCCGCGGCAAGAACUGGUGUGCCCACAUCGUGAACAAGAACGUGAGCUGCUCCGUGCUGGACGGGACCGAGGGCUACGUCCAGGCUCAGUACAGAUGCGCCUGGAACCAGUUCCCCUGCCAGCCCGUGCUGCUAUACCGACUGAGUUUCAGACCACGUUAUACAAUUGCGUAUAAAAUGGUAACAGAACUGGAGUGGAGAUGUUGUCCUGGUUACAAAGGUGUAGACUGUAGAGAAGGACCAGCAGAAAAACUGAAAGCCAGUCUUUCUCCCACUAUACAACCACAGGCUGCUAUGAAGAAAGGCUUGGAUUCUGAACCAACGGAAGUGCCACAAGAAUUAUAUCAGAAGAAAAUUCAGUUCUUUGAGGAUGAAUUGUUUCGACUCACACAGACAGUGCUUGAUCUUCAGUCCUCUGUAGCAGGUGUGAAUGAAAACUUAAAACUUACUAUCCAAGAAGAUGCCAGUAAAAUGUUGGUUUCAUGGCUGAACAACCUUUAUGACCACCCAGGACCCGAUAGUGCCAUUGGUGGUGAAACAGACACUAUUCAUCUACCUGGAAUUAUGAGCAAUAAAGACCAGAAAGAACAUUUUACUGUGCUGAGAAUGGAAGAUAUAAAGUUUGAGCUAGAUGAGGUCAAAGAAGCCUUGAAGGUCAAAAACAGCCAGCUGGAGGAGCUGAAUAGAAAAGUGAAGGGCUAUGAAGGACAAGUAAAACAACUGCAGGAGGCAGCACAAGGACCAACAAUAAUGAUGCCUAGUGGUGAUUUAUAUCAGGAAUAUAUUGACUCAAAAUUUGAGGCCUUGAGACAGGAAAUGUUGGAAGGAUUAGAGACAAAAAUGGCAGAUCUGAAGAGCUCCUGUGAAUACAAACUAUUGGGUAUCCAACAACAAUGUGAUGACCAUGAAGCCAGUUAUGCAGGAAUGAUUGAACUUAUAGAAGAAAAGGAAAAUGACCUGAAGAGAGAAGUGAAUGAACUCCGAAUUCAGAUCCAAACUCCAUCAAACCAGGUAAACUGUUGCAAGGAUGGCAAAAGUGGUGACUUCAAUCAACAGGUACAAAAUUUGGAUGAGAAAGUGGAUAGAAUCAUGGAAGCAUACAAUGUCUUAAAUACCAGAAUAGAUAAUGAAAUUAGCCACAUUUCUACUCCACAUCUAGAAGACAUCUUUGGUGCAAGAUGGGAAGAGCUAGAUGCUAGGAUCAAUGUUACUGAGAAGAAUGCCGAAGAGCAUUGUUUUUACAUCGAGGAAACUCUUCGAGGUAUUAUAGCUUCUGAAGUAGAUGAAGUGAGAGACUUACUUGACCAAAAGCUACGGGCACUAGAAGAGAGACUGGGUGGAACUAUUUUGGAGAUUGCCAAUGCCACAGACUCUGAGGGAAUAGAUAGUAGUCCUAAAUUAGUCGUGCACAAUGAUUCAGCACUUGGAAAUGAACUAUUUACAGCUGAGAUUAAUCUUCUUAAGAACAAACUACAAGCUGUUGAAAAUCUUUGCUGGCAGAAAUGUAACUCUGCACCCCAAAGUAUAGAAGAUCUUCAGAAAGACAUAGAAAGUUGUAACAAGAAAUAUGAAGUCUUGCUUUUGAAAACAGAAGGUAAUUCUGCUUUACUGAAGUCUUUAAAUUUCUCUCUUAAUGAAAAGUUUAACUUCAUUAAGGGCAACCAACAUGACAUCCAAAAACUGCAGAAAGAUUUACGUGUACUUCGUUUUGGUUUAAGUAUGAUGGAUAAAGAUGUGAAAAAUCUUCAAGAUGGAUUGAGCAGCUGUAAGGAGCAACUUCUGGGCGUGAAUUCUACAUGUAAAAAAGCACAGCGUGGUGCAUUCAGAAAAAUAGAUGAAAUACAGAGGACAGUUGCCAAUCACACCUCUCAUCCAAGUGAUAAUUGUUGUAAUGAAGUAAAAGAAAGGAUUGAAAAGCUAUAUGAACAAGUUUUUCAUGACCUCAAGAAAUGUAAAGAAAGGACCUCUGGUAUUCAGCAAGGAGUUUCAGAUGUUGAUAGCAGAGUAUCCCAUGUUGAAAAAGUUUGCAGCAAAUUGGACCUUAUCUCUGGUAAUCUACGGAGGAUAAAAGAAGCUCUGAAUAAGCAUGUCACCAGGUUAUGGAACUGUAUUAAUCAGAUGAAUGGAACUAUAGCAUCUAAUUCCAAAGAUAUUUCAGGUCUCAAAAACUCUUUCCAACAGUAUCAUAGUGAGAUCUCCAAAAUUACCAUUGACCUUCAGGCUUUGAUGAAAACUCAAUCUCCCACAUUGGAAAGGGAAUCAAGAAUACCACUGCAUCCACCACAAGAAAGAACCCCCCUGCAGCUAUAUCCAGAAGUGCCACCAUAUCCCUCACAACCAAGGACACCACUACAGCCACAACCUGGAAUACCUCUGCAGCCACAGCCAGGAAUACCACCACAGGCCCCACAGCCAAGGACACCACUACAGCCACAACCUGGAAUACCCCUGCAGCCCUCACAGCCAAGAAUAGUAAUACCACCACGACAAAGAACACCUCUUCAGCCAUCCCAGCCAAGAAUUCCUCUACAGCCAUCAUUACCAGGCUCAGGCAUUUUACCACUUUUGCCUGGAUCAACAGGAACCAUAAUGGAGACUGGAGAGGCUGGUCCUCCUGGCACAGUUUUAAUGUCAGGAAGGGGAUGGUCUAAAGGUGUAGAUGGCCAGGCUGGUCAGAAUAUCAUGCCCAUUGCGGAAGGAUAUGCUGGAGCCCCAGGAUAUCCAAAGGCAUCUUCCCCUUCCUCAGCCUCACAAGGACCCACCACUACAACCGCCUCUCUAGUGUCUUUCUCAGCUGGUCUUACACAGAAGCCUUUCCCCAGCGAUGUUGGCGUAGUCCAUUUUAACAAAGUGCUUGUAAAUGAUGGAGACUACUAUAAUCCUAACACAGGCAUCUUCACAUCCCCCUUUGAAGGGCGCUACUUGAUAACCGCCGUGCUAGCUCCUGAGAGAGAUGAGUAUGUAGAAGCUGUGCUGUCAGUCUCCAACGCAAGCGUUGCUCAGCUCCACACAGCGGGCUACAGAAGAGAACUGCUAGAAUAUCACAAGCCGAGAGGAGGGAAACAAACUUGUGGCGGGGCUGGAACUUUCCACCUUGUUCUUCACCUAAAAGCUGGAGAUGAAGUAAACAUUGUCAUUACUGGAGGCAAACUGGCCUACACAGACUCCGAUGAAAUAUACUCCACGUUUAGUGGAGUCCUUCUCUAUCCUUCCAUUUCUCAUGUCUAGGUUCCUCUCAAAGAGAAGAGGGCAAGAUAUUCAGAAGGAAUUGAUUGUAAUAAAAUUCGAAGCUUUAAUAUA